ACAAAUAAAAGAGGGUGUUUAGGCGUAAUUAAUAUAAUUAUACAGGUUAAUUUGACAAGAUGUAAUAUAUUACAACAUAGUAUAAAUCGCUUUAAUUUAAACGCAUCGCAUUUAACUAGGUUGGAAUAAAAAUCUGGAUAUUUUAAAGGAAAAACAAACAGCUUUUAUGAGACGACAACCUAUGAAAUUCAACAAUGCCUGAACGUGAUACAGAGGCUUUUUCUAAUCCCUUACCUCCUUCGGGACAUAGAGUCCAUGGAGAAGAUGGAAAUGAUGAUGAACAUCCUCUUACAAAUGAGGAUUUCCGCAAGAUGCUUAUGACUCCUAAACCAUCAUCAUCAUCUUAUUCAGAAACAGUGAGACAUGCAAGAAAAGAUGACAGAGCCCCAGUCAAGGAAGAUGAGGUGGAAGAAGAAGAUGCUGCUACUAGAAGAAAGAAGAAGAAAAGUUACUAUGCCAAACUUAAGAGAGAUGAAGAAGAAAGACAAAAAGAAUUAGAGUCAAAGUAUAGAGACAGGGCAAGAGAGCGCAGAGAAGGUCAAAACAAGGACUAUGUUGAAACUGAGGUAAUCAGUACAACAGCUGAUUAUAGAGCUGUGGCACCAGAUGCCAAGGCGAUUGAAAACUAUGCAGAAAGGAGAAAGCAAGUUAUCCAAGCCUCAAAGUAUUUAGGUGGUGACAUGGAGCAUACUCAUUUAGUGAAAGGUCUAGAUUUUGCACUUCUGGAGAAGGUAAGAGCUGAAAUACAAUGCAAAGAAAAAGAAGAGGAAGAUCUAAUGGAAGCUGCAGUCUCACAACCAAAAGAAGAAGAGGAUCCUGAAGAGAAGAUAACAUUUAAGACAAAAUUAGGGCGCAACAUUUAUAGAACACUUUUCAAAAACAAGCCACCUGUUAGAAAUGAGUUAUUUCUACCAAGAAGGAUGGCCUAUGUUAUUGACCUGGAAGAUGACUUUGCAGAAUCUGAUGUACCUGCAACUCUUAUAAGAAGUAAAGCAGAUUGUCCUACUUUAGCUGCUACAACUACCUUAACAACAAAUGAUAUUGUCAUCAACAAACUGACUCAGAUCCUUUCCUAUUUGCGGCAAGGCAAACGAGAAGCUAAAAAGUUAAAAAAGAAAGAAAAAGGAAAACUUAAAGAAGAAGAAAAAGCACGAAUUACAGCCAUGGAUGACAGCAUUUAUGGAGAAAUUGGAGAUUAUGAACCAUCAUUCAACAAACCCAAAGAUAAGAAAGAUAAGGAUAGAAAAGAAAGAGACAGAGAGACAGACAGAGAUCGGGAUAGGGGUAGAGAUCGUGAUAGAGAAAGGGGUGACAGAGCCAGGGCUAGGGAAAGAGACAGAGACCGUGAAAGAGAACGGGAUCGUAGAGAUAGAGACAGGGAAAGAGAGAGAGAGAAAGAAAGGGAGAAAGAAAAAGUAGACAGAUAUAGAGAUGUUGAAAAAGAAAGGGCACAAAAACGGUCUUACUUUGAAAAACCUGUGGAGGAGGAUGAAGUAAAAGAUAAAAAACAAACAGCUUCAGAGUUAGUGAAAUCCAUUAAUGACAAGUUUAAGGGAUAUGCUGAGUUAGAAGAAGAAAAAGAAAAAGUUAAAAUAGAGGCAGAAAAGAAUAGAUUGAUGAAACUAAAAGCAAAAACAGAUAUUGACAGUUAUGCUGAGUGCUACCCAGGCAUGAUGGAGUCAGCAGAUGCUAUUGAUGAUUCAGAUGAAGAAGUUGACUUUACAAAAAUGGAUCAGGGAAACAAGAAAGGCCCAGUUGGUCGAUGGGAUUUUGACACAGCUGAAGAAUAUUCUGACUAUAUGUCAAACAGAGAGGCUCUUCCUAAGGCUGCUUUUCAGUAUGGUGUCAAAAUGUCAGAUGGGCGACGUACACGAAGAACAGGUCCAAAGGAUGAAAAACAGAAGCUUGAUAGAGAGUUACAGCAAAUACAGAGAAUCAUAGACAAGAGAAAGCCUUCUAGUGGUGCUGGUGGUGGAAGUGAAGCCAAACAUGCUAAAUAUUAACAUUUAUGGUUAUUUCAUACACUUAUUGAAUUAUAUUUGUACAUUUUUUUAUUGUAACCCCAUCAAAUCAAUCCAUGUUUAAUUCACUCAAAAUUGUUCUUUAUAAAUGUAUAAAAGUACUUGCUAUUUUUAACCAGUGAUGCUGUAUGUAAAAUAGGGAUUAGGCUUGAUCUUUAACUCUUAUGCGCAAUUAAUCUAGACAAUUGUUUUUGUUAGUUUCAUGUAUCUUUCAGUAACACUGUCACAUGUAUUUUCUCCUUUGCAAGCUAUUUAUAUUGCUUUUAGGAUUGUUUUAAUGGAAAGGAAGGUUCAUUUAAAAAAUUUCAUAAUUAAAAAGUAUUUCUGGCCAAAAGUAUAUAGCUAGCUAUUUCAAAAGGGAAUUUUUUUUAAAUAUCACAAAAGUAAGCAUAAAAAUAACUCUUUCUACUAUUAUUUAAAUGUUCAGUUGAUGCUUGAUGCCCUUGAGAAAUUACUGAACGAAUAAAUAUUUCAACAUUGUAAUGUAACAGCAAGCAAAGAGAAAUUUAUUUUGUUACAUUGGGCUUCCAACCAACACAACCAAGCAGUGUGUCAUCAAGCUUGCUAGCUGAUUCUUGACUGUCAAAAAAACAAUCCUGUACUAAAUAAAUAGUUGUAAAAACAUGCAAUUUAAUAUCAUCAGCAUCUGAAGUUAUCCUCUGUCACUAGAAACAACACUGCAGAACAUACAUUAUGUUGCUGCCAAA